CCGAUCUACAUCGCUUCCUUCCCUUCUGCAGUUCCCAUCUACCUCCCGAAGAGAUGAUGAAGAUCAAGAUCCUUCACCGGUGCGAUGUCUCGCCGCCGGCGAACUCAGUCCAGACAACCGCUCUCCCACUCACGUUCUUCGACAUCCCGUGGCUUCUCUGCCGCCCGAUGCAACGCCUUUCCUCCCUCAAUCCCCUUCCUCCUUCGCCCAGACCACCCUCCCUCUCCUCGUCCGAUCUCUCUCCCUCUGUCUCCGCCACUUCUUUCCCUUCGCUGGCAGCCUCGUCCUCCCCCUAGCGCCACCGGAGAAGCCCCACAUGCUCUACUCCGACGGCGACUCUCUCUCCUUGACUGUUGCCGAGUCGUCCGCGGACUUCGCUGAGCUCAUCUGCAACGAGGUGCGCGACGCUGCGCUGAUACACCCUCUGGUGCCUCAGCUACCACCGCCACGUGCGUCCGACGGCGCACAUCUGUGGCCCCUUAUGGCAAUUCAGGUGACCCUAUUGCCAAACAAGGGCAUUUGCGUUGGGGUCCAAUUCCUCCACGUGGCGGCAGAUGGGAGGUCCUUCCACCAUUUCAUGAAAUCAUGGGCGUCCAUUCACAGGUUCGGAGGAGACUCGGCUUGCGUUGACCUGGACGGCCCAAGUCCUUUCUACAACCGAGAAGUGAUCAGAGAUCCGAAUGGGCUCGAGCCCAUAUUGUUAAAAGACUGGUGGAGUUGUGUGGGCUCUAUCCCAAGCCCAAGCCCAAGCCCAAGUGAAGCUCUUCUCACUAUUGCGGACAAGGUGAGAGCAACGUUUGUCCUGGGAAAAACUGCCAUCGACGGGCUAAAAGCGCAGGUCUUAAGCCAACUCAAGAACGACGAUGAUGGCGACUCAGAGUCGGAGCCAAUCCAUUUGUCGACUUUUGUAGUGACAUGCGCAUUCAUAUGGGUAUGCAUGAUCAAAUCGAAAGAAAAAGAACAGGAGCGUCACAAUCAAUUGUCAUCAAAGAGCAACAAAGACGAGCUUUGCUAUUUCUGCUUUGUGGCAGAUUGUAGGGAUCGACUUGAAUACUCAAUACCCUCGACAUACUUUGGGAACUAUUUGGGCAUAUAUUUUCUCUCGGAGAAGAGAAAUACACUGUUGGGCGAAAGUGGAAUUUCACAUGCCGCGAGGGCAAUAGGGAGGAGAGUCAAGGAUGUGGAGAAAGGGGGAGGGUUGAGAGAGGCAGAUGGAUGGAUCAAGGAUUGGAAAGUAUUUGACAAUGGGGACUUAGUGACUGUGGCCGGAUCGCCGAGACUGAAGGUUUACGACACGGACUUUGGGUGGGGGAGGCCGAUAAAGAGCCAUGUGGUACAGAUCGACGUAUCGGGGGCCAUUGCUCUUGCAGAGAGUAGAAAUAGGGAUGGUGGCAUGGAGGUCGGGUUGGCAUUGACUAGGGAUUGCAUGGAGAGGUUUGUUUGUUUGUUUGAGAAUGGAUCCAAAUCGUUUAUGUCACUUUAGUGUACAUAUUGCCCAUAUAAUCCCAUGUCGAUUUCAAUUUAGUCCUUACAUUUUGGGUGUGACAACAUUGGCCCAUGUACCUUAGUUUAUUGACAAAUGUAAGGACUUCCGACCAAGUUUUGAGUCGAGUUUUUUGGGCCGAAAUGAAACAAAUACUUGUCGGUUC